CUGAUCUGGAAGCACAGCUUAGCCGAUCCUUGGAACGGGCUCCACCUCCGAAGUUGCUAGAAGCAGUGGAUGCACUGGAAGCAUGGAUCCGGAGUGUCCAGCAGGCCCUAGAAUCUGAAAAGUUCCAUGUGAACACAAUGGAGGUCAUGGAAGACCAGCUACAGAAAUACAAGGAAAUGCAAGAAACUGUUGACGAAGAAGAGUCCAACUUGCAAUACGUCACCAGCACUGGAAAGGAGAUGUUGCGCAAGGAGCCCGAUGCACCGUGGACUCGUGAGCUGCGAGACAAGCUGCACAGUCUGGGCAACUGCUGGGAGCCGGGUUCGCUCUUUGCUCAAGGAGCGGCUCCAGUUUCUGCCGAAAGCACAUGUUGGUGCUCAAGCGAUUCCAGGAGGAAAUGAAAAGUGUCCAGAAGUGGAUCAACGAUGUGACUUCAUUUCUUGAGGAUGAAGAUGUUGCAUACGGUGACCUGGAAAAGCUUGAGGCACAAUUGGAGCAGUCAAAUGCUCUUGAUGAUGACGUUGGGACUAUACAAAACAACGUUGACAAUAUUAACUUGGUUGCUGAGGGUCUGAUACAAGAUUCAGAAGAGGAGUUUGGUGAUACUCUGCAGAGGCAGGUUGAUGAUCUCAACAGGCAGUGGGAUAAGGUGAUAGAAAUGGCUCGAAAGAAAAAUGCUACCCUAAAGAGAGCUGUUCAGACAGGCCGGUGUGCCUCUGAAGGUAUUGCUGACUUAUGUGAGUGGUUACGGGAGCUAGAUAUGGAGAUACCACGAGAGAAACCUAUCAACACUGCUUCAGAAUUGCAGGCUAGAAUCAGGAAGUUACAGGCAUGUAAGGACAAACUGGACUCUAAGCUUUCUGAGUACAACAGGCUGAAAGAAGCUGGCACAAAGCUUGCUCAAGGGAACAAGACUAAGAGCGCCGAAGAAGCACGACGUGACGUGGCCGCACUCACUAAGCUUUGGGCGGACGUGCAAGAAAAAAUAACCAAGUACCACCAGUCUCUGAAGCAGUCGGGAACAAACUAUGCUGAAUUUCGAAAUGCCAUCAUGCUGGAGAAUGACUGGCUGGACAGAUUGGAGAAGAAACUGAAACGGUCACCUGAGUCAGCUGCUGAUGCUGAGGAGAUUUCUGAGAACCUUGACGAUUUAGAGAACUUUCUGCGCAACCACCCGCACGACCGAAUUCCCAAGAUACAGCAGCUCUGUGAGGAGCUUGUGGAGAAAGAUGUGCUAGUCGGACUAGUCCAACAUGAAGCGGAGUCGGUGGUGAAGCGCUGGGAAGACCUGACGCGUCAGGGCAGCGAGCGGCAGCAAGUUCUCGAGAACAGCAUCGUUCAGUACCAGAAGUGUGAACGACAGAUUCUGAACGUCCAGAGUUGGAUGAACCACAUGGAUAAUGCGUUGCAGAACAGGCUGGACAAUGACAUCAGCGCGCAGGAUGUGCCUGACGAGUUGGCUCAAUUCAAGCAGGAAUUCCUUGAGAAAGAGGAACAGUUAAAAAGUUUGAGUGACCAGGUUGAUGCAUAUCACGCACAAAAUAGGGUUGAAGCUGCAUUACGCCUAGAUGAACAGCUGCAGCUCAUGAAGAUGAAAUUCGAGGACAUAUCUGCGAAGCUCAAGAGGUUUCAGUGCCCCAAUGACUUUGAACCUAAGCUGGGACGAAUUAGCAAGUUGCUAACAGAAGUGGAGCAAGGGAUGAAGCAACUCGACCUCAACUCUGAGAGUCCCGACAAGAUUCAAGACCAACUAGUGCAGUGCAUGCAUUUCUACAAGACCCUGAGUGAAGUGAAGAGUGAAGUGGAGCAAGUGAUUCGCCAGGGCCGGCAGCUGGCUGAGAGUGGCGAAGCAGAAAGGCCCUGCAACCUCAACCAGAAGUUGGACAGCAUUAAGAGUCACUACAACCAGCUAGGCGCAAAGGUGACAGAGAGCAAGAGUGUUCUUGAGCAAGCUGUACGCCUAGCUCGGUGUCUCCAGAAAGAGAUGAUCGCCCUUCACAACUGGAUGGCUGCAACUAUGGAAGAAAUCGAGAAGCCUCCUAAUACCGAAGACGAACUCAAGUUUGCGGAGGGAAAGCUGCGCGAGUUGGAACAGAAGAAGCCUUCGAUGAUCGCCAUUGUCGAGCUCAGUGAGGGAUUGACAGCGCUUGCGCCUGGCCACAAGCUUCCCUCACUGGCCAACACUGUGCGCACCCUCAAGCAGCAGUGGGCAGCUAUUGACGACAACCUGCGCAAGAAGGUGCCCCUGGGUCCCAAGGAUGUGGAGAAGAUGUUCUCCCGCUUCUGUAACCACCUGACAGCCAUCAAGACGUGGCUUGAAGGGGCUGAGCUUUACUUUGUUGCAAAGUCAGAGUACAAAGAGUCGGCUGCUGGGCAAAGAAAGCUCAAGAACUUGCAGGUGGAGAUGGCUGAACAGAACACGAGGGUGCAGAUGCUCAAGGAGGAAGCACUUGAGCUGCUGCGUCAAGGACCCAGGUACAGCAAGACCGUGGAGUCCGAGCUGAGUGCCCUCAGCGAGAGAUGGAACGCUGUGGUCGAGAAGCUCAAGACCACACAGAGCCUAGAACCAGUAUGCAUAGAGGUUCAACGAUCUGUCCUGAACGAGCUGAGGGCUUCACCUGUCAACUUGUCAUCAACUUCAUCGGAGGCAGAUUUGUCAGCAAUCGAGCAGCUUGAGGCCAAGCUGCGCCAAGUGAACAAGAGGGUUGAGGCUCUGGAGACACACCUCGACAAGGGUUUUGAACUUGUCACCAAUGAUGUCCUUGAGGAGAGUGAGCAGACAAUAAAGAAGCUCUCAUCUGAAAUUGAGCACCUAGGGUUGGCCGUGGACCAGGUGUCGACAGACGUAGACAGGGCUGCGCCGCGCCUGGGUCCCGUGCCUGCGGCUCUCGAGCGCCUUCGAUCAGAGGCUGAGGCAUUGGACUCUAAGUGGAACACGGUGCGUAAGGCAGCCGAGCAGCGCCGCUCUCACUAUCAAGACCUAGUGGUACGCUGGAAGCUCCUGCAGCAGCAAACAGAUGCAACAGUGGUCCAGAUGGUCUUGCUGCUGAGAAAUCUUGAGCAUGCACGCAUGGUCCAGAGUCGCCAGAAGGCAGCCCUGGAACAGGCUGCACGCGUAGGCCAGGAGGUCUCUUCCCUUCAGCAGCAGGCUCGAUCCCUGGAGCAGGAGCGCGGCGUACCUUCAGCAGCAACUCAAGCCCUUCUACAGCGUUUGCUUCAGCUGUGGAACCAGGCCCAGGGACAGAUUGCAAUACUGCACUCUCCCGAGCCGUCAUGUCGUGUCGCCGACAGCACCCAGACCGAGCAACCGUUGGCGGUCAUCGUAGACUCCGGUGCUGUCACUUGCAUCCCUGACUAUGUGGCUAAGGUGGCCAAAGUGCGUGAAGCCCUACUUGCCGUCGGGAGGCAGGCACAUGCCCCCGAGCUCUGCGGAAAGGACUUCGAGGACUUUGAGAAACAGGAAGGUAUUCUCAAGUCUGUGAAAGAAGCCCUGGAUGCCCUCAAGCCUACCGUGGACUCUGUGAAACAAGAACAGGCAGCCAUAAUGCAGAAGAGCAGCGACAAGGAUGCCCUGGAAGUGUCUCGUGCAGUAGAGAAAAUGAGUGAGGACUGGACCAAGCUGAAGCAGGUCUAUGCAGACCGUCACAGUCGUUGGCUGAAGACGCGCGAGUUUUGGCAGCAGUUUGAUUCCAGCAUCCGUGGCCUCAACCUCUGGAUGGAAGAGAUUGAGACUAUUCUUGUUCAGUGCCAUCUUCCAAACGGAGAUCUGGACGUAGAACUCUCACAGAAACACCAAGAGUCAAUGGAGAAGCAAGUCACGGAAAAGAUGCCGCACUUUGAGGAAGUGAAGACCAUGACUAAGCAGAUUAUGGAGCAGUGCUCAGCUGCCGAUGGUGUGCUCCUUCAGCAAAAGCUGGACACGCUGACUCGUCGAUGGAAGUCAAUCAUUUCUGAGCUGCAGUCUAGGAGGGAAAGGCUCGCUGUUGACAACUCCCGUGCUGAGCAAGUCAAGGAAGACUUGUUGGAGUUGAAGCCUUGGCUGAUGGAAGUCGACCGCUUGCUGUCGUACACACCCAAUGAAGAUGAUGAUAUUGAAACCACAAAGGAGAGGCUUGAGCAGCUAAAGAGAUGUGAAGAGGAAAUCGGUGCUAAGAGAUCAAAUCUGUUGUCCGUCAUUCUUGGUGGAUCACUAGUCCGUCCUGCUGAAGUUGAGAGCCUUGAAGCAAGGUUUCAAAAGGCCAGCACAGCUCUGCCUCAGGCGCGCAAAACUGUGGAGUCGUACAUUCCCCAGCUCACUGAAUUUGAGGAAGAGAUUGCAGCUGAGCAGCAGAGGUUGAGUGAAACUCGACGGGACGUUGAGAAGCUGUUAGCCGCUAAGCUGCUUGGAGAAUCGCCUCCGGAGGUUAAGGUUGCUGAAGAUACAUUGUUGAGGCAUGGCAACAUGAUUCAGGAGAUCAGCUCAAAGUCAAAGGAAGUGGAAAAGUUGCUUCCUCUGUUACCUUCUACCAAAAACAAACUCGGUCAUCUUAAGGAGUCGUGGGAUGCAAUUCAGCAAAUCGUAUCUCGGAUAGGCCCACCACUGUCAUUGGUCAUAGAUUUUGAAAACAUCAGCCACCCUACAUCGCCAACGAUAAUGCCCCUAACGGGGUACACUAAACAGUGGAACGACCUCGCAGGUGAGCUUGAAAAAUGGCUCAAGGCUCGCGAAAAUGAACUGGAGGCCCUCAAGGUCGACUAUGGCGAUGAGGAGUCCGUCAACUCCGCCAUUGAGUACCUAAAGAAAUAUCUCCUGGAACAUGAGCAGCAAGGGGCGUCGCUAAAGAAGCUCCAGACUGCCGUGGACUACCAGACGGCCAAGUCGGAAGACAUGGCUGACAAGGACCUCCGUUCCAGGGUGGCCAACCUUCGCGAGGAGUGGGACCGGAACGAAUCGGUGGCGCUGCAGCGUCGCCGCCAGCUCGAGGGAGUCGCCUCGGACGCCGGCCGCAGCCUGGACGACCGACGCCGCGAGCUCGAGGCGUGGCUCAGCCGCAUGGAGGCGCGCCUCGACGACAGGCCGCAGCCGGGCCGCCGCCUCGCCGAAGCCCUCGAGGCACAGAUACGCGAGCAGAGGCUGCUGAACGCCGAGCUGACCAAGUGGAAAGCGACAGUGGACUCCGUCACUCGGCUGGCGCACAAGGUUGCCUCCGAGCCCCGCUCCAACUCCGUGGGCGCCCCGCUCCAGGAGGACCCCGCGAGGCUUAUGGCGGCCGUCGAGGGCAUCAACCAGCGCUUCGCCGACCUCACCGUCAGCGUGCAGAACCGUGGCCAGGCCCUGCAGUCCGCGCUGGGCUCGAUGCACCAGCUGGAGAAAGCGCUCGACCGGUUCUUGGGCUGGCUGGCCGAGGCCGAAGCCACGCUGGACGUGCUGGAGACCGAGGCUGACCGAUACGGACCGCGGGACGACGUGCACCGCUCAUGCAGCUUCCAGGACAGGAUAAGGGAAUUGCAGCGUGAGAUAGAUACCCAAAGAGACCUGCACCUGACUAUCAAUGAACGCAGUUCUCAUGUGCUGCAAUCUAUGAACAGGCCUGAUGAGGCUCACCACCUCCACAGGAAGCUCGAUGAAAUGAACAGCCGAUGGAAUAAUUUAAGAAUGAGGACUGUAUCGCUGCGAAACCGUCUCGAAAGCAAUGCUGAACACUGGAACCAGUUGCUGUUAUCGCUACGUGAGCUGACUGAAUGGGUGAUCAAGAAGGAGACAGAGCUGUCAGCGCAGCCAGCCAUUGGCGGAGAUGUAGCCACCAUCAUGAAGCAACAGGAGGACCAUCGAGCUUUUCGGAGAGCUGUGGAUGACAAGCGACCAAUCAUUGAGAGCAGCUUACUUGCUGGCCGUCAAUACAUCGCAAGAGAGCCUCCCUUGUCGGACACAAGCGAUUCUGAAGCCAAAGAUUACGAUGACAGCAGGGGUUACAGGAGUGCUGAUGAGCAAGCUAGGGAGAUUACUCGCAGCAUUCGAAGAGAAGUAAAAAAACUGGCAGACAAAUGGAAUGGCUUCUUAAGCCACACUGACCAAAGACAAAUGAGGCUGGAUGACGUACUUCAUAAGAUGCAGUCUCUACAAAGAGCAAUGGAUGACCUUAGUGCUCGACUUCAAGUUGCUGAAAGUGCAAAAGCCCAAUGGACUCCUGUGUCCGAGUUCCUGCUGGACCAGUUGGCAGGCCAGAUUGACGAAUUAAGAGCAUUCCGCGAUCGGCUGGCUCCGCUGCAGUUACAGGUGGAAUCGCUGAAUGAAGCAGCCGGUGCUAUCACGAGCUGUGGAGUUCUGCUGUCACAGGGGAAUCUGAACCGACUGGAUGAGUUGAGCAGCCGCUGGCGCCUCCUGCAGGUGGCCAUUGAUGAGCGCCGUCGACAGCUAGAGAACUCCUUGCUUGAUCAGGGCUCGCAGCAGCAGCAGUUCCUCAAUGCCUCUGUGGAGCAGCCGUGGGAAAGAGCUGUGGCCGGAAACAAAGUGCCUUACUAUAUCAACCAUGUUACCGAAACCACGCAUUGGGAUCAUCCCCGUAUGUUAGAACUGAUGGAUUCUCUUGCCGAAUUUAAUGAUGUCCGGUACUCUGCAUACAGAACAUCGAUGAAGAUCAGGACCAUACAAAAAAACCUUUGCUUGGACCUGGUCUUUAUGAACAACGCCAUCAACGCAUUUGAUCAGCAUGGUCUGCGAGCUCAGAAUGACAAACUGAUUAGCGUGCCUGAGAUGAUCACUUGCUUAGCAACCAUCUAUGAAGGUGUGGCCCAAGAGCAUUCCAACUUGGUAAAAGUGCCACUGUGCAUCGAUCUGUGUCUCAACUGGCUGCUCAACCUCUACGACACUGCUACGAGGACAGGGUACAUAAGAAUUCUGUCAUUUAAAGUGGGAAUCAUCCUGCUAUGCAGGGGUAACCUUGAAGACAAAUUCAGAUACCUGUUUCGACUCAUUGCGGAUGGUAACGGCUGUGCCGACGAACGUCAGCUAGGGCUACUGCUCCACGAUUGCGUGCAAAUUCCGAGGCUGCUUGGCGAGAUUGCUGCUUUUGGUGGCUCGAACAUUGAGCCAAGUGUUCGAAGCUGCUUUGAGAUGACCGCCCCAGCUGGUCGGCGAGAGAUCCAAGCAUCGCAUUUCCUGAACUGGCUUCUCCAGGAACCCCAGAGUUUGGUGUGGCUUCCCGUACUCCAUCGCCUGGCUGCUGCCGAGACCGCACGACACCAGGCAAAGUGCAAUGGCUGCAAACAGUACCCAAUUGUUGGAUUCAGGUACCGGUGUCUCAAGUGCUUUAAUGUGGACCUCUGCCAAAGCUGCUUCUUUUCGGGAAGAAAAACCAAGAACCACAAAGUUACACAUCCAAUGCAGGAAUACUGCACCACGACAACAUCUGGAGAGGAUGUGAGAGACUUUACCAAGAUCAUGAAGAACAAGUUCAAGUCCAAACGCUACUUCAAGAAGCAUCCUCGAGUUGGCUAUCUACCGGUGCAGACUGUCCUAGAGGGAGACGACCUCGAGAGUCCUGCGCCAUCACCGCAGCACACAUUGUCAUCGCAGGACAUGCAUUCUCGUCUUGAUCAGUACGCAAACAGGUAUACAGACGCUGAACUUAGGACAAGGAGUAACUCAACUCCGGACUCGAGUGAAGAUGAACACCAGUUGAUUGCACAGUAUUGCCACACUUUGAGUGGAGAGCUCCCAUCAUCUGUGUGCAACUCUUCAUUGUUUCUUCAACCACGGAGCCCUGCUCAGGUGAUAGCAACCAUCGAUGCUGACCAAAGAGAUGAGCUUGAACUGAUGAUCGAGGAACUUGAAGAGGAGAACAGGCAUCUACAGGCUGAGUAUGACCGGCUGCAAGAGAUGCAGAGUGUAGGGCUGAGCCCGACACCGAGCCAGCUCGAAGAGGAGGCUGCCUUGAGCCCCAGUGGGAGCACCACUCGUGACCAGGAGAUGCUGGCCGAGGCCAAGCUGCUCAGGCAGCACAAGGGCCGCCUCGAGGCCCGCAUGCACAUUCUCGAGGACCACAACCGGCAGCUGGAGGCUCAGCUUCAGCGUCUGCGGCAGCUCUUGGACGAGCCAGCACCUCGGGGAACGACGUCUUCCCUUUCACCGCGCAGCUCCCCAUACACAACUCCUGGUCAUUCAUUGCCUCGAAACAGGGCUCUCCAGCCUGAGCCGAUGUCUUCCAGGAAUGGAAGGCUUCAUGAUCACACAGGUCAGCCAGAUGAGAACGGAAUUCAGUUGAGCCCCGUUGAAAAAUGACCGCCACGGCAGUCCUAGCAUUGCUGUUGUUCAAGCUCUCCUUGUGUACAGGAUCAUGAGCUGUCACCAUCGCCUUCACAUAUGCCUGCCAUACCGCCUUUUGUUUUGUCGAUUUUUUGUUUGUUUAUUUUAAUGUGUGGCAAGUAUUGCUGCCUGGCUCGAUUCCAUACAUUCUCAUCGUUCACUGCCUGCAAAAAGAAAUGUGAGCAUUUACUGCAGUCGCUUUCCUAUGACGAGUUGUAAGCUGACGUUGAUUGCAUUGAAAGAGGUGUGGCAAUGAGAGAGCAUAGGGACAUUGGGAGAAAGGGAACUGACGAAAGGGACAAUGUACUGUGUGCAUUUGUUAACCUGGGAGCAUUGUCUUGUUUUUGUUACAGCUGCUUACUGUUCAGUUAAGCAGGAAAGCUUCUAUAUAUGGUGCAUCCGCUGUUGAAGGUGAGAACUAAGCUUAACAGCAACAUAAAGGCAUGUUGGGAAGGGUUGUGAAACCACAAAAGUCCCUGUGACACCUGAAAAGAGCAGCUGUAUUCAUUUCAGUGGAGAUUGUUUACAUACUUUUUAUACCUUUCGAAACUGCUGUUGGUAAUGUACAUGUAGCACUUAGUCUAAUGUUAGUUUCUGUGCUAACCACUAUACCACUGAUAGCUUGUUCUAUAUUUAUUUUUGUAUUGCUUUAAUUGGCACGCAGUGAAAUAACCGAUUUAGUCUUAAAGUUGCAAUAAGGAGCUUUUGUUACAUUAGGAACCUCUGCUGAAGCCUACUUUAUAUAGCUGGGGCAGUCAAGAACUUGUUAUCUAAUAUAUUUCUGUUUUGCAACAGUGUUGAACCUUGUGUAGACCUUUGCUGCAUAUUAAGUGUUCUCAUUCUCUUUUUUUUUUUUUCUUGUUUGGGUAGAGCUGCACAAAAAGUUUUUCUCUAGCGCUAACUAGUUUUACUGGUGGUGGAAAUCGGUCAACCAUUAAGGCAAGUUAUUCAGUGCAGCAACUGAAAAACAAUAGUGAAGCUUGACGGGUUGAAUGCUGAACAUUUUCAAUCCUGUGUGGUGUGAAAUCAUUAAUGCACAUCAACUCCAGAUGCUUCUAACCACUCACCUGUUUUGUUCUGGCACAGUAUUACUGCUUUUUUUUGUUUUUGUGUCUAUUCAGUUUUUAUAAAAGCUAUACCACUUAUUUUUUACUUUAUGUGGAAUCGACCUUCUUGGACAUGGCAGCUUCUUAUUUCUACAAUUGUGAAUGCAACUAGACACUUUGGUCAGUGUAAGGCUGCUAAGAAGUCAUAUCAUUUUGUUUAGCUGAGUGGAAGGGUGAACCUAAAUUCAUACUUCCAGAUCGAUGGAGAAACUGAACAUUUUAUCAAUGGCAUGUGGCCGAGCUAUAUUAUAUUUGCUUUUUAUAUAGUGAUGCAGCUAUACAUAUCACAGUGUUCUUUAUGCCAUUUGUUAAUUCAGAACAUGAAGCAUUGCUGAACAGAUCAGAGUAUGCAGACACAUACCCCUAACACGCGUUUACUGGCGUGUAUGGUAAGCCACAUAGCUACUCUCCAGGUUCGUAAGAUAUUGCAUAUUCCAAUUAACCCUUGCCUAACUGGUGUGCUCUUUGGGGCCUUGUACAGUGAUUGCGAUGCACCAGUGUGCAUUGAACGGGUCUUUGUAAGCCACUUGGCAUGACAGUUGAUUCCAUCAGUGUUUUUCAUAGAUGUCUCAUCUCAAGGUUGACCCAAGUGUGACCGAGGUGUAGGAACUUCAAUUUCGUAUGUAUGCUCUGGAAGUUCUUCAAAAGGUGUGUACUCUUGUUAAAUUUUUUCUUCUGACUGCACCAGGACCGCAAAAUGUUGUGCUCUCUCAAGUCGGCAAGUGAAUGAAGUGCGCAGUCAUGAAACAUUGCACCUGUGGUGUUCGCGUGGAUCGUUGGACUGAACAGAAAUGUGAUGAGUGGUCAUAUUAGCAUUACUGUGCAUAUCAGACUUCCAUUUCUUGUGAGCCAUUGUCAUUUUUUAGCUGCAUUGUUGAAACAAUUCCUGUACUGUCCUUUUGUUUCUUUCAAACUUCCAUUGUACAACUUGGCAGAUGUGUUGAUCAUGUGUGAGUGCUUUAUAUGAUGAUGAAAAGAAAUAAAUGAUGCAGUUAGGUGACCUGAU